GGCUGCUUAAGCAGAGGAGACUCCAGUGAAUAUCCUUCGCAUCUUGAGAAGUGUCUUGUGUCAGAGAAAGCAAUAAGUGUUUCUGGAUGCACUGGGCAUUGUGAGGCAUUAAAAGCAAGCAUUGAACUCCAGUCAAGCUGCAAGAAUAAACAGGAACUCAAGCUCUUGAUCAUUACAGCAAGAAUGUAUGUCCAGUUCUCCCCUGACCAGAAGAAAUCAGACAAGUUGCAGAAAUGAGGAACGCUGGAGUUACGUGGAAGUGAUGUUUUCUUCCAACACUCCUUCUAGUACUAGAUAAAGAUCUGUGUCACAUUUGGGGACAUCCUGAAUUUUUAAGAAACAAUAAGGGUAGGACAAGGAAUUUGCAUGAGUAACCCUCCCUUUCUCAUUUAUCAGGGCUGGCUUCCAGCAAGGGUUCAACUCUUUUCACGGUCUGCCAAAUCUUUGCAAAUGAUCUCAUGGACGUGACCUCCCUUUCUUGGAGUCUUGCAGCUUCCCUCCAGCCAACAUGGCAGGGACAGUGUUGAGAAAGCAGUGAUAGCUCUCCAUUUGCUUCACUGUGGCUUUGGAAACUGGAUGUGUAAAUUUAUGCUUCAUGAACAGUUGUCACCUCUGAAAAGCUAACAAAGGCAAACACAGGUACAAAUUUCAGGCAGCCAGCCAACACAGGAGACAGUUGCCUAGGGCAGCAGACUGUUGAAUGCAGCAGAAUGCCAAGGCUUACUAAGAUGAAGGCUUGCUGCCGCUGCUCUGCCCUCUUAGAAGCAUUAGACCUUUAGUCUAAAGGUUGAGAUUCAUGUCCUGUUUUCAGCCAACAGCUCCUUACUUGGACCAGGUGAUCCUUAGCGCUCUGGGUGCAAGCAUCAGACCUGCAGUGCUCAAGCAGGUUCACUUCUGCUGUUUGAGUGAUCCAUACUCACUGGAAGGGGUGGGAUGGGACCUUUUUCCACAGAAGUAAUAGCAACCUGUGGUUUUUGAGGUCUUCCUCCUGCUCUUCUUCCUCCUCCUAGUGUAGCAGGAGUGGUCUGAGUUGGUGUAAGUGGGCUGCUGCUGGUUUGAGGUGAAAGCGGGAGUCAUUUGGAUGGGGAAGGAUGGACAGGGAUGGCCAGGUGGGGUGAGGGGUCUGCCUGCAGUGAGGUUGGGCUGUCCUACCUAAUGUUUCGCUGACUCCGUUCAUCCCAGCCCAACAACAGGCCCGCUUCACCCCACCUCUCAUCCUCACAGAAUUUCACUGAUGUCUCCUACCCAGCCCUUCUUGAGCAAACAACUUCUCAAAGCUGUUUGAACCAAUCCUGUAGUUGGGCUUAAAAAAUAACCCAAGCUUUUUAUUUACAAAAUCAAAACCUCGCAUUCAGGAUUUUGGUGGCAAGUAGAAACAGAUGCAAGAGGGGAAGACCAUAUUCUUCAGACCACCAGCCAAGUGCUUUUCAGCUUUUGGUGUGGAAGUUGCUGGCUGAGCCUAAAUCCCUGCAGCAAUGCCUCACCUGCUAUUAUCACUUUAUCUGAAGUCAUAAACACAGCCAGUGAAAAAAUUAUUUCCAGCACCUUAAAAAUUACUCACUUCCAUAAUUCACAUAUUAGCUCAAUGGCAGUUGCUUUCACCAGCAGCAGAUUUUAGGUAGAAUUCAGAGUUUGAGACCUCUCCUGCUGAAGGAACUCCUUUAGUUGCUACCUUUGACAGGAUAUUAGGCUGGCUGCCUAAGCCAUCUUAUCCCAUACAGCAAUACUUAUGUCUUGUGUUUCAAAAUAAGAUGACAAGCUCUUGCUUGUGCUCGUUGGCAGUCAGGUUGCUACCAGCAGCAUUCUAACACUUCACUGUUGUUAAUCAUCGUCUGCCUGUGCAUAUUAAUACUCAAAAUGAGAUACACCAUUAAUGCCGUGUGUUUCUGGACCAAGUUUCACGUGAGCAUCUCCCAGGCUUUCCCAGCUGGAAAGGUUUUGGUUUCCACCAUGCCGUGGUGCUGUCAGUGGGUCACCAGUGCAGGGCUGCCUGUGCUGUGUCCCGGCUGCCCUGUGAGCGCUGCGACUGCGCACAUGUGCUCAGAGAAGCUCACACGGACAUUGACAUCACCUGUAUUUGUGGAACUGCCUCAUCAGCUGCUGCCGUCUCACAUUUCUGGCUGGGAGAGGCACCCGGGCGGCUCGCCAUGGUUUACUCCUUUCUCAGAAUCCGCAGGGUGAGGGUAAAGCUUGGAGAUACACUUCUCCCAUCAUGUCAUCUAUUUACACGGCACAUGCCUUGUGUGUGUGUGAGACAGUGAGGGCUUUUAUUUUUUUCCCCUUGCCCUAGUUCUUCUUUCUGGCUGUGGCGAGAUGGAAAGGUGGGACGCUCUCAUCUCUGCCAGCGAAAAGGUUUUCUGUAUCUGAGGCUGGCUUGGAAAUUCUUUAGGUGACAUCACACCAUGUCUGUGCAGACUCAUUGUUUGUCAUGGAAAAGCCAUUCAUCCAUACAUAACUUCCUUCCUCCCCAGACUUGGGGAGAUAAACUUUCCAUUCUGUCUAUUCCCUAUAGAAACAGACCCAAAACAUGUAUGCGUGGCUAUACACACAUACACCUCGCCAUCCCUCCGUCACGCUCGUGGCUGUGGGAGGAGGAAAAGGGAGGAUAUAGAAGAUGUGAAUAAAGUCACCCUGUUUUCUUCAGACAUGGAUCCUGCUGUGCCCAAGCAGUAAAAUUCCCCUCCCACUGAGGUGCUGGGUCACACAAGGCUUUUUUGUCCUGAGGCUAAUUCUGGCACUUGCAGCCCCACAUCUGCCUGCCAGGUGAGAUGGGCCACCAGCUGCAGGUACAGCACAUCUGGAUGGGGGAGGAAGCGAAGCGUGCUGCAAACAAACACAGCAAGUCCACCGUGGCGGGUGCGAGGAAUUCGAUAAAAAAUAUACUUCAGCAGUCUGAGCUGCCGAGGCCGGUGAUUCAUGUCUCGGGUGCUGCUCGCAAGGCAGACGGCAAGGCUGGGUACUCGUGUGCCCCGCAGCCUGGGGGGACUCGCACGUCCAGCCUGCCUUUGGGGACCCGCUGCUGCAGGGGCAGGGCUGGGGGGACAGCAGGCCUGCUGAGGAGGCUGGGGCAGGAGGGGCAUUUUUCCGUGGAAGAGAGGUGUGAAGCGUGUGGUGCAGGGUAGGACGGGACAGUGGGAAGCCUUGUAGAGAUGGAGGCAGCGUCGAUGGUGUGAUAAGGUGGCUGUUUCCCUACGACAUGAAGGAGGCAGGGUGUGAGGAGCGCGUCAGAAGUACCUGCACGGUGCGGGACGCCAGCAUUUGCUUUCUGCCGGUGUCCAGGAGAGACAGGGCUGAGGAGCUGCCGGAUUGCCCUGCCUUUGAGGGCGCCCCGUCCCGGCGGCCGGCUCCGCGGGGGCUGCCCCCGCAGCCCACCAUGACCGGGCCGAGGCUGGCCCUCGCCGCCGCGCUCCUCUGCAGCUGCACCUCGCCAGUGGCCGACGCCAACUCCUGGUGGUCUUUGGCCAUGAACCCCAUCCAGAGGCCUGAGAUGUACAUCAUCGGCGCCCAGCCGGUGUGCAGCCAGCUGCCGGGGCUGUCCCCCGGGCAGCGCAAGCUCUGCCAGCUCUACCAGGAGCACAUGGUGUUCAUCGGGGAAGGGGCCCGCAGCGCCAUCAAGGAGUGCCAGUACCAGUUUCGGCAGCGGCGGUGGAACUGCAGCACGGUGGAUAACACUUCCGUCUUUGGGAGGGUCAUGAAAAUAGGUAGCCGAGAGACCGCUUUCACCUACGCGGUGAGCGCGGCCGGCGUGGUGAACGCCAUCAGCCGCGCGUGCCGCGAGGGCGAGCUGUCCAGCUGCGGCUGCAGCCGCACCGCCCGGCCCAAGGACCUGCCCCGGGACUGGCUGUGGGGCGGCUGCGGGGACAACGUGGAGUACGGCUACCGCUUCGCCAAGGAGUUCGUGGACGCCAAGGAGAGGGAGAAGAACUACGUGCGGGGUUCGGAGGAGCAGGCUCGCAUGCUGAUGAACCUGCAGAACAACGAGGCUGGCCGCAGGGCCGUGUACAAGCUGGCAGACGUGGCCUGCAAGUGCCACGGCGUGUCGGGCUCGUGCAGCCUCAAGACCUGCUGGCUGCAGCUGGCCGACUUCCGCAAGGUGGGCGACCUGCUGAAGGAGAAGUACGACAGCGCCGCGGCCAUGAGGAUCAGCCGCAAGGGCAAGCUGGAGCUGGUGAACAACCGCUUCAACAUGCCCACCCAGGAGGACCUGGUCUACGUGGACCCCAGCCCGGACUAUUGCCUCCGCAACGAGACCACGGGCUCGCUGGGCACCCAGGGCAGGCUGUGCAACAAGACCUCGGAGGGCAUGGAUGGCUGCGAGCUGAUGUGCUGCGGCCGGGGCUACGACCAGUUCAAGAGCGUGCAGGUGGAGCGCUGCCACUGCAAGUUCCACUGGUGCUGUUAUGUCAAGUGUAAAAAGUGCACAGAGAUCGUUGACCAGUAUGUCUGUAAAUGAAAGGAGCUGCCAAAGCAACAAAUCUAUAUUAUAUAAAUCUAUAUAAAUAUAUUUUAUAUUUGUAUAAAUAAACAGAUUAUAAUAAUUAAAGAAGCUUAUUUAAGAGACAUUUUGGUUUUGAAAUUUCCCCACCCAUCAGGCCAGCUAAUUUGACAUUGCUUCGGUUCUGCUGGGGACUUUGUCUUUGCGUGCAUCUCCAGUCAGGGUGAAGAAGCUGAGGAGGCGCUGGCAAAGCACACCAGCGUGUGCUCUUUCAUUACAGAAAGCAAGCCAGGGAGAAGAAGAGGAGUGGGUUCUUUCUUCUCUCUGAUCAGUAAACCUCAGCAUUUUGGAACAGUUACUGCACAUUGGGAAUUCCAGCCAGUCAUGGGUGAGUUCUAGUCAUUCAGAUUGCAAAUCCUGCACUGGGAAAUUUGGAACUGAUUCUUGGUCCCUCCAAAGGGCUUUGUCACAUUAUUAGAGGGAAGGUUAGCUAAGGCUACGUGAGUAUGGCUUAAAAGCCACAGUCUUGUAAACCAUUCCUGGAUGCUCCCCAGACCACAGUGGGCUAGAGGAAAGUUCACAGCCUGCUGUUGUGAGGAAGGAAGGUUCAACCUGUGGCUGACCAGUGCACAGCCUGGGAGUGGCCAUGAAGCCAGCGCCUGGCUCCUCUGUACCACCUGGGCUGAGGGAAAUCUGUCCAGCUCAAACCACCUGGCUGUGUGUGUGAGGGAUUUAUUUUUUCUUUAAAUCCCAUGCUGAAACGUAAUUUUUCAAUAGAGAGGAAAAGGUGCUGGUGCCAAGGGUGUUUGCAGAGUAUAUUUGUCAGUGGAAAGAAGCGUUGCACACAAACACACACACAUGCUCAUAGCUGCACUCCUCAUCCUGCUGCUGGUUCCCCUCUCUGAAGUGGCUGCAGGUGGUCACCUUGUUCAGCUCUAUUAAAUCCUCCUCGCCGCCAGCCCAGUUGCACAGUUUCUCUUUGACAUUAAAUGCCCCUCAAUGACAUUUCUUUCCCUC